UCAGGCCAUGAUCAUCAACAGCGCGCACCUGAUGGGUAGCAGCAGUGAACCGAACGGCGUUCGUGGCUUUGGCCGAGUACACCUCGAGGCGGGCAUGCCCAUGGACGGCGUCAGUGUAACCGGCCUUCUCGUUGUCGAAGCAGCCAUCGCUGACGGCGAGAUUACCGAGCUGGUCACGGUCGACGGGAAUGCUGAACUUCAGCACGACCUUGACCUACCUGUGAUACUCCCAAGCGGUACCAAGUACACCAUGUGGGAAUUGGGUGAAGAUGACACCGUCAAUGUGGUGGAGCGUGUGAUCGUGCCAGUUGAAUCGAUGGAGAGUGGCGUGUGGAGCGUAGUCGUGUCGGCCAAGGCACUACUUACCGAUGACCAGUUGUACUCGUUGGUGGUAACGGGGGCUAUCUACAGCUGGAAGUAGAGCAUGCAAACGUCAUCGUUCUCGCCCCCGCCUCGCUGGUCGUU